UGUGCAAUCCUUCUGACCCAUGGUUUUAUCUGAUCAGUCCCAGCAAAGGCCCCUCUAGAGUCACCCAGAACCACUCUCUAAACUCAUUUAUUGAGGAGGGGGAAAGGUUUCCUGGAGCAAUCCUUUGAAUUGUAACUUGAGAGCCACCAAAAUUUAUGUAUGGCUACUGCUCAUACAUUUAAGGCGACGUUAAGGCUUCUUGAGAGGCCCCCUACACAUAUUCUUCCUCAGAGCAUCCAUCUCUCUUUCCCGUGACCGUUUAAAUCUAUGUUAAACUUUGUUCAUAAUGAACCCCAGCUGUGCUCCACAUUGGUUUGUCCCGAAAUUCUUCACUGUACUGAACUAUUUUCAGUUGAGUAGAGGUCUCUAAAAACAACUCAGGACUGCACAGCCAAACUAGCCGGCUCCCCAGUGCUACUAACCAGCGAGUGUUCGGAAGGCUGAGACAGAAGGAUCGCCACAAGCUCGAGAUCAGUCAGGGUUACAGCAGGAGGCUCUGUCUCAAAAAAGAAAAAAAGAAGCCGAAUUUAAAUUUUAACUUGGUGGAGUGUUUGUCCUAGCAUUCAAAAAGCAAUGGUUCGAGCUCCCGCGCCGCAUAAAACCAGGAGUGGUGGUAGUGCGUGCCUAUAACCCCAAAUUUAUCAAGUGGGGUUAGGAAGACGUUUGAACUUCAGGAGUCGGGGUCUCUGGAACCCGGGAUCGGAGACAUCAUCAUGGAGCUGGUGACAUCUGAGGAUCGAACCAUUUAAGGCCUCAGGCGGCGUCCUCCGCGAGGGGGCAGCAAUUAAGUACAGGAUCCGCUUCCAAGCCUCGGAGAUGUCUUGGCCUGCGGGGCACUCGUAGAUUCCGCCCUGUCCCCGGUGACGCACUUCCGCGCCGCCACUACAAGCGACGCGGGUUCGAGUCCCCGCUUCGGCCGCCAUGGCGGGCGCGGAACCGGAGCCCGGGAGUGGCGGCGGCAGUGGCUCGGCUCUUCCGGGCCAGAGCCACAGCGCCGUGCCUGUAGCCCCGCUGGACCCCGAGCAGCUGCGGCGGGUCCUGGAGCAGGUGACUCGGGCGCAGCCACCGCCCUUCGUGCUGCAGGACGCGGCGCAGCGGCUCCGGGACGCGGCCCAGCAGGCCGCCCUACAGCGGGGACCGGGCGCCGGAGCCCCGCGCCUGCUGCCGCCCCAGCAACUUGAAGCCAUUUGUUUCAAGGUGACAGCUGGUGACACAAAACGAAAGGAAAGGCCAAUGCCCCCUCUGGCCACCAUCCAACCCAAAACGGCAAGACAAAGUCAGCUACCCGGGGGAAGCUCCAGCCUGGGGCUCUGUGUCUCCAGCCCUCAGCUGCUCAGGGUGCAGGCCCUGGCCAGGACUGGGUCACAGCUGCGCUUCCUCAGAGGCUUCCCUCAACCUCCUGCUCCUCGGGUGCUUGUACAGAAGCCACUGCCAGCCCUGCAGCCAGUCCCUUGGAGGAGAGUCAAGGCCCCCCAGGCCACACAUGGGCAUGGUGUCACUCUGAGCCCUCUGGCAGCCUCUGACCCGCCUUCUGUAGCACCUGUCUCGUCCAAUUCAGCACGCCUGUUCAUUUCCAGCUUGCACGCAGCACAUACCGAGAAGUUGAAGAAAUCUUUAAAGGUGAAAACCCGGUCUGGACGGAUAUCCCGGCCUCCCAAAUAUAAAGCCAGAGAUUAUAAAUUCAUCAAAACAGAGGACUUAGCAGAUGGGCACCUGUCAGAUUCCGACGACUACUCUGAGCUGAGUGUGGACGAGGAGGAAGAAGAGAGGGAGAAGCCGGGGCGCUUUGACAUUGAGGGCUGUGCCCUGAGGCCCAAGGCCUUUAAGUGUCAGACUUGUGAAAAGUCAUACAUAGGAAAGGGGGGACUGGCGAGGCAUUUUAAACUCAAUCCCGGCCAUGGCCAGCUGGAGCCUGAGAUGUUGCAGUCGGAGAAAGCUGAUGGGAGCCUGACCCUGGGGUGCAUAGACUCAAAGACCCGAGGCCUAGCUUCCCCCACACUACCCACACCAGCCGUUCUCUGCACGGAAGAGGCAGAGGCAGCAAGGCGUGUCCUGCAGAAUGGUCAGCCUGCUGAAGUUGAAGAGACACUGGUACCUGAAUCAGAAAGUAGAAGUCCUUCAGCGCUUCUGAGACCAGAGAAAUACCUAGAACCUAGGAAUGGAAGUUGGGCAAGCCAGGCAGAGUCCAGCACAGCCAACCUCCAGCAGAGCGGAGCUGUCCCACCACAUAGCGACCCUGCUGCACCUUCAGGGCUGAGCAUCUCCAGGGAAGCGCGGCUCCGGGAGGCUCUCAAGCAGUGUGGCCGAGAGGAGCUGGUGGAACUGGUCCUGCCUCAGCUGGCUCAGGUGGUGACCCUGUAUGAACUUCUUGUGGUGAAGGUUGAGAGAAGUCCCGCAGCGAAGCCUGUCUUUCCUGCUGUGUACAAGGAGUUUGAAGAGUUGUAUGACGUGGUGAAGAGGAUGUGUCAGGAUUACCUCAGCAGCUCUGGCCUGUGUUCUCAGGAGCCCCUGGAGAUAAACAAUGACGAGGUCGCCAGGUCAUUAGGAAUCACAGAAUUCCUGAGGAAGAAAGAGGCACACCCAAGCAGUGCACCCGAGUGCUCCAGCCCGAAGCUGGAGGGGAAGCUGGAGGAAGCCAGUGGACAGAAGAGGGAGAGGGAGCAGGGUGUGGUGGCCACAGGGGAAGGGCUGGCCACAGUGAAGAAGGCCCGAACAGCAGCUCUGUCCACAGAUGUCCCUGGGUGUCCUGCCGCCAUCAGUGGAUGCCAGCAGAAGCCUGGGUCCUCGUGUGCUCCAGCCUCCAGCAAGGGUUCUGCCCCUGUAGCCAUUGAGAAGUCUUCUCCCUGCUCUGAAGGAAGCUGUGGGGAGAUGGCUCCUGCUAGUGACGGGAGUGGACCACCUGCGGGCCAGCAGCUUUCAGUGAUGCCAUCUGCUGACUUUGAAGGCAGGGGUGGCUCUGCAGACCCUGCUCUUCUGUGUCAGGAUGUCAGUAGGUCAGCUUUUUAUUCCCAGGUAGCAGAGCCCAGAGAGCUGCCCCCAGCCCAGUUGUCAGUGUUUUCUGAAGAGAAUGCUCCAGAACACACUGUAGAGCAGGAACCUGGGGCCAUCCAGAAGAGCAACAGUGUCUGCGGUAACCCAUCAUCAGGUGGAGGAAUGGAGUCCCUGCUUCUUGGAGAAUCGGGAAAUGCAGAGGCAGGAGACUUCAGAGAAAUGAGCCCACCCCACCUGAGUGGGCAGCAGGCCAGCCCCAGCCAUGCCCUGCCUGCAGAGGCUGCAGCCUUCUCACUCCAGAACAUCUUGCCUGUGAAUGUCCUGCCAGCUGCCUGUGUUUUCAAGACUGUGCCCAAGCCAGAGCCUCAUUCCGGACCAGAUGGAUCACUGUCCACUAGUGGGGGUCCCAGUGUGGGGAGCAAAGCUGGGGAUAUAAGCCGGUUCUUCUCUAGGAUGGAGGCAGAUGGCCAGAGAGAGCCAGAGACUGUGGCUGCUGUGGGGGAAACCCUGGCUUUUGAGAUUUCUGAUGUGUGCCAGGAAGUGUUGUCUCAGGGACAGGAGCAGAUUUUUAUUCGGACUUCCAAUGGGCUUAUUUUGUCCCAUCCAAGUACCAUCCAAGUGUCUCAGGAAGAGAACGCUGUCAUAGAGACUAAUGCAGGGGCUUCUGUCUUGAGGUUUGACCCGCCAGAAGGAGUUGCUCUUGAAGCCAUGGAGGCCUUCCACACUGUAGAGGCAGAGCCCUCUCAGUGACCAGGAGUCGCGUGCGUGCGUGUGUGCGUGCGUGCGUGCGUGCGUGCGUGCGUGCGUGUAAAUGUAGGGUGUUGUUUUUGGAGGCAGGGUCCCAUGUAGCCCAGACUGGCCUUGAACUUAAUAUCUAACCGAGGCUGGCCUUGAACAACUAAUCUUCCUGCCUAAGUCUCCUGAGUGGUAGGGUGACAGGGAUGCCCCACCAUGCUGGGCAGAACUUUGAACCUAUAUUUGUAUGGAUUUUACCCAUAGAAGGUCUAUUUCAAGAAGUAUGUAUUUUUCUAAUGUGAAUACUGACACAAAUGAGCCAUUUAUUUAUAAUGAAUAAUGUCUGCCCUAUCUCUUUUUCUAAGGAGCUCAUCACAAUAAUGGUACAUAUAUAUUUUUGUUGUCUGUUUUUGGAAGCAGGGUUUGGCACAGCCCAGGCUGGCCUUGAACUCAUGAUCCUUCUGCCCCAGCCCAAGGCUGGGGUUACAGGUGUGUUCCCAUGGCACAUAGUUUGCUGGCUACUGCAGUUAAGGCCGUUCCACUUUCAUUUACCAGCCUUGCACCCACUUCCGUAUCAUGUCUGCCCCUUCUCUCCUGGUGGUGUCCUCUGUACUUCUGGAUUCAGUUAGAAAACUUCAAAAUUCAAAAGCUAGCCAUUUUUGCCAUUUUGGCAGCAUUCUAAUGAGACAUUAAAAAAAAAAGUCAUUUCUA